CCGCGAUGAUACGAAGCUGCCCACCUUUGUGAGCAGGGAUGGUUUCCGUCGGGAAGCAGAGCCUCCAAGCCUUGCGAUAACGAUAGCGUAUGAUUGGGCCGAAUAGGACGACGACCAUGGUACCCAGGUACCUGUAUAAUAUCAGACAAGAAAGAUACACAAAGUUAUACCAAACUUUGAAGGAAAAGAAGAAGAAGACAACUUGAACUCCAUCCAUCAAGAUGCACGAUCCUAUCGCCGAUGCAAAAGCCCAGGAAGCAACGCGCCAAUACACUUUCCGACCCGCUACCCCCACCGACAUACCUGCUCUCCAGAAAAUGAUCGGUUCUUCUCUCCGCGGCCUAGGAAAAGGGUAUUACAGUCAAGCCGAGCUCGAUGGCUCAAUAGGCUACCUCUUUGGCCCCGAUUCCGUUUUGAUAGCAGACCAGACGUACUACAUCCUUCACCCUAUCAACUCACCAACCACAAUCUGUGCUUGUGGCGGGUGGUCCUUUCGUAAGACGCUGUACGGCGGAGAUUCUGCACCCUCUCCUCUGCGUAUGCCAGAGAAGCGUGAUCCGGCUAUUGACCGUGCAAGUAUCCGUGCGAUUUUCACGUCUCCAGAGUAUGCGCGCAGGGGUCUGGGUACCAUGAUGAUGCGGUACUGUGAGGCGCGGGCGCGUGAAGGGAAGAGAGGUGAGACAGACGGUUUCACCCGGUUGGAAAUGGGGGCGACAUUGAGUGGAGUUGCAUUGUACGAAAGAUGUGGGUAUGUGAGGAGUGGGAGAGUGGAUGUGGUCAAGUGUCCUAAUGGGGAGGGAAUCAAGAUCUUACAUAUGACGAAGGAUUUGGUGGCGUAAGGCGAGGCUGUUAAGAGAAAAUGGUCUAGUCAGCUUCGAGGUAUCUAUGCGCAAGAGAUUGGUAUGCGGUGGGAAGAUUACCCUUGUGCAAUCGAUCUUGUAAGAUGCGGUGAUGUGUUGG